AAACAUUUCAUCAACUUGAGUAGCAGCAGAUGUGUCACUAUUACAUCACCACCUCCUAAUUAUGAUCUCUGGGGAAACAAGGCAUCACAUAGGGGGAAACAAUCAUGGAAAUCCAGACUGAAGCACAAUGACCAGAGAACCCAAGUUCUCUGUGGACCACUUGUCCAGCUUGUCACGUCUGAUCCAGCCCGGUGACUUAAAGAACAACACUUCCCAUGUUUCCAUUCGACCACGGCAGCUGCACAUUCACAGUGAACGGGUGGAAGGAAAAGUUGGGUUUCUCCCGCGGUGAAGCUUCAAGUCGAGAUAAGACUUCGUUUUGCAGAUUGGAGUCGUGCGCAGCCGACGCGCAAAACUUGUUCGCGCGCGGUAAACUUUUGGAGAAAGUUUGGAGGACGUCUGCUCGUUAGGACAUUCCUCUGCGGAUUGGAGAGGGGGGCUUUGACCGAGAUUAGUCUCUUUGUGCCGUUUCACGUGGAAGAGCCUUUAUAAAGGCCUCGCUUUGUCGGGAGGCGCUGGUGCGGCACACAGCAGAGGAGGAAGGACGCGUCUCAUUCUUCCAUCACUUGGUGUGUGCGCAAAGUGGACGUCUGUGCGUUUUCACCAUGGCAGCGUACACGUUGCCGGAGGGCUUCACGGAGUUCGACAUGUUUUCCUUCGGCACGGCGCUUCUCGUGGGGGGCCUGCUGGGAUUCUUCCUGAACGCCAUCAGCAUCGCGUCCUUCCUCGCGGUGAAGGAGAUGCGGACUCCCAGCAACUUCUUUGUGUUCAAUCUGGCCUUGGCCGACAUCAGUCUGAACAUUAACGGCCUCACGGCUGCUUAUGCGAGCUACCUCAGAUACUGGCCAUUUGGUCAAGACGGAUGUGGCUUCCACGGUUUCCAGGGAAUGAUAUCGGUCCUGGCCUCCAUCAGUUUCAUGGCUGCCAUCGCCUGGGACAGAUAUCACCAGUACUGCACCAGACAGAAGCUGUUCUGGAGCACAACUGUGACAAUGAGCAGCAUCAUCUGGAUUCUUUCCAUCUUCUGGGCUGCCGUUCCCCUGAUGGGAUGGGGCGUCUACGACUUCGAGCCCAUGAGGACCUGCUGCACGCUGGACUACACCAGAGGGGACAGGGACUAUAUAACCUACAUGCUGACUCUGGUGCUGCUCUACCUGAUGUUCCCAGCUGCCACCAUGUUGUCGUGUUACAACGCCACCUACAAACACUUCAAGAAGGUCCACCACCACAGGUUUAACACCAGUUUGCCCUUGAGGGUCAUGCUGAUGUGCUGGGGCCCCUAUGUGCUCAUGUGCAGCUACGCCUGCUUUGACAACGUGAAGUUCGUGUCCCCAAAGCUGCGAAUGGUGCUUCCAGUCAUUGCAAAGACGAAUCCCAUCUUCAACGCUCUCCUCUACUCGUUUGGAAAUGAGUUCUACCGAGGCGGCGUCUGGCACUUCCUCACCGGACAGAAGAUCGUCGAGCCAGAUCUCAAGAAGUCAAAGUAAAAGGAAACUCAAUAUCGUCUAUUUACUCAUGUGGACAGGAGAUGAAACUCAGGACGAUCUCUAUUCCGAAGCCGCCACUGUAGCCUCAUGCUGGAUUUGCGUUAAUCUACAAAAUAUUAAGCAGGAAAUGUAUCCAAUUUCAAAUUAUUGCAUUUCUCACUGCAGCAAUUUGUCUUUAACCUGCACUGCUCCAGCGUCCGUGUCAAACCAUCCACAAUAAAAAACACUGUGUUGCUGCUCUUCCGCUUUAUGCUCCCAUCGAUUUUCAAACGGUUUUUCAACUUGAGUAACUGAGCCGCUUUAUGUAAGAAGCCUAAUUUCCACAGCUGACCGGCACACAGAGAUGCCCUUUGAUGACACAGCGGCCUCGAGUAUUUACUAAGAAGAUUAAUGCAUUGUAAUUUCGUCAGGAAGACUGUUUGAGGUGAUGUAACCUCUAUACACAGUAAGGAGGCAUUCACUGUGUCAAGAAUCUAUUAUGCAAUUAUGGUGUAGACAACUUCUGAGACACGAGUGAACGUAUCCACACAUUUUUGUUGGUGAAGUCCUGUUCACGCGGUCCACGUGGAACUUAUUUGGCACUUUCUACACUUUCUUGUUGUGCAGAGUUGUUCAAAAAUAAACUAUAACAUCUUGUCAGAG